AUGAUAAAUGGGGAGAUGACAAAGCCAUUUGAUGCUGCAAAAGGACUGAGACAGGGUGAUCCCAUAUCACCAUUUCUAUUUGCAAUUGCAAUGGAAUACCUAAGCAGGCUUCUUAAUGGGUUGAAAAAUGUUCAAGAAUACAAGUUUCAUCCUAGAUGUGGUAAGUUAAAUAUAAGACACCUCAGCUUUGCAGAUGACCUGCUGAUGUUUGCUAGGGGUGAUAGUAAGUCUGUCACUACUCUUCAUGCUUUCUUUAUGAAAUUUUCUGCUGCCUCUGGACUUCUAGCUAAUUCCAACAAGAGUGCAAUCUAUUUUGGACGAGUUGAUCAGGAUACAAGACAUGUAAUCUUGCAGAACACUGGGUAUUCACUUGGGUAG